CCACGGCUUCAAAGCCCGGAAAACAUUCCUAAAUGUAACUUAAUGCAUUUCCAAGUUUCUUUUUAGGGUUUUCUAAAGGAUGGAAGGAGGCGUUUAUGUCGGGGGAGCAGGAGCCCUGGGUUUUUAGGGGGGGACUGACUGCCGAUUUACAACGCCUGAUUCCGGUUGAUUCUGGAAAUGAUCUUUUCGCGUACAAAGUGCCGGAUGCGCCCACGUGUAAAGUGUUCACUAUCCGACCCUAUUUGGGCAGUGAUGAAGCGCAAGUGUACGAUGUGUGCAAUCGAACCUGCAAGGAUGGCCUGGAAGAUCACAUGCCGCUGCUGCCCGAACUAAAAAACGUCUAUGCUGAUCGAUUAGUUGGACCUUAUGUGACGCUUCAUCCAGAGUUCUCUUUUGUGGUUGAGGACGAUGCAGUUAUAGUUGGGUAUGCAUGUGCAGCACCCGAUCAUCGGAAAUUCCGAAUCAAGCAGGAAAUAGCCUGGAUUCCGGAAAUGUGCGAAAAAUACCCCGUUCAUUUGGCUCAAAGUACCACUAGCUCUGUUCAGGAAUGCAUAUCACAUUUCCACAACUUCAAAAAUGAAGUUUUUGUGAACAGUCCCACACAUCCCGCAAGCAUGAUUUGCAGCCUUUUGCCAUCAGUGCUCGAUCAUUCAGUCAGUAAGCGGCUAGUGACUUGCCUGCUGGCAUCUUUAAGAGCCAACGGUUUCUUCGGGGUGCAUGCGGCCAUAAACUCCACGGACAGUUACACACAUGCUUUCUAUGGAAAGCUGGGAUUUUCAGAGAAUACUCAAGAUGGCGUCAAAGGUAAAAUAGUGAUGGGUCGAACUUUCUAAGCUACAUUAGCGUUGUGAGGGCCUCCCCUGUUUUUUCGACUGAUUAACACUUUUAAAAAGUUCCCUUAUCGAUUUCACUUUUUACUCCUUUUUUUCCUGAUCGCGUGUAAUUGUUGUUAUAUUUUUUUCUU